UCCAUGUUCCCCAGGCAUGAGCUUCCACUGGGCCAGGGCCCCAAGGGCCCCCAAGGCUGGCCAAAUCCCCAGUAAGACCCAGCUAUAUCAGCAGAGAGAAGACAAGGGUGGAAGUGUCUACAGGCGUUGGCCCAGCCGACUGCCCAGUGCCAGCCCCUCCAGGAAUUAGUCAGCAUAGGCCACAAACACUGCAGAACCCAGCAGGGCUGUGCCCAGAACUGUGAAUGGACGUGACCACCCAAGUGUGAGCAGGGUUCCCAGCAGCGCCGGCCCCCACAGCCCCCCAGCUGGCACCCAUGCUGAAGGUGGUUGGUAGAUAGGCUCAGUGGAGAGCAGGGCUCCAGCACCCAAGGUCAGGCAUAGCAGGAGACCAGUUAAUAAGAGCCCAACACAGUGAACCAGCAUGGUGACCACGCCGUAGAAGAGUGGUCUAUGUAGAGAGUGCUGUGGUGAUGACCACAGCAAUGCCCACUCUCAUUUCCAGGCUCAGCUGUGUCUCCAGCACCCGCACCUUGUGGCACAGUAGGAAGCUCCUGACAGCAGACCGGAGAGAAACAUCACUGUCUUGAAGCAGCGGUAGCCUGGGAAGUGAGGCAGGAGGCAUUGAGAGGCAGGAAGGGGGCUCUAUGGGGAUGACUCUGAUGAAUUCCAGGGGAGAGGAAUGGCUCACUAGAGGAGCAGAAGACAGGGGCAGCAUGUCAGGAGACCUCAAGCCCAGGGGCAGAAAGGGGUAGCUUAGGGUCGGGGGGUCACUGUUUCCGGAACUGUGAGGGAAUGGGAGGGAAAAUCAAGAGGUAAGAUGGAUACAUCCAGGGGAGUAAGGAUAGAAAGAAGGUCUGUCCUUUCAGGGAUAGCAGAUAGGAAAAAAUCAGCACAAGCUGAUUCAGGUUUUUGGGGAAGAGUGAAGAAGCCUGAAACAUAGAGAAUAAUUUAGGAAUGGGGUUUUCAGGUAGGAGGUAAGAGAAGGGCAAAUGAUAGAUGCCAGAAGUGAGAGCUAGGAGGCAUGGGCAUGGAGGAUGGACAAGAAGCUGGCAAGAGCAACAACAUAGGCCUAGGAAUACAGCCAGAGCAACAUGGGUCACACUGGAGGUAGGAACCCCUGGCAGGGAGGUGAGAUGGCUCAGGAGCGAGGAGGAAAGUUGGCAUCAUCCUUGAGGGUGACAGUCUCGGGUAAUGGCCCCCUAGGUCCUUGGCCCUGCCCUCACCGAAGCAGCAGUAGAUGAUUCCAAAGCAGCAGCAAAGGGCACACACCGGGGCAGGUGCCACUUCAGGAUUGUCCUGGGGUUCCAAAACACAUCUUGGGUCUGGAGGCUCUGGGAGUUGUUGAUUAAAGGGCCUGGGGUCAGAUGUCACAGCCAGGGGUGGCAAGACUUCCUCCAGGGCCAAAGAGAAAGUGGUCACAGAGGGGGAGAUGUCAGCUCCUCUCAUCCAUCCAUGAAUGUCUUUAGAGGAUAGGGAAACCUGCAGGGGGGCACGGGACAGAAACUUUGGUGCCCAUAAAUCUUGAGGAUUCUGUACCUCUAUUUACUUUAAAUAAUGGUACCCAUUUCAGAAGCCAGUAUGACCCUGUUGAGGUAACUGAAGAAAUCUAUAGGAUUGGAUUGAGAGGAGUAGGAUCUGUCUUUACCACUCUCUGAAACAAGGACACUUAAGUAAAAUGUAAAAGGAAAUCUUAUAAAAUAAUGAAAAUCUUACAAAGUAAUGAGCCUUUGCCUGCCCCCACCACCCUGCAGCUCUUCAGGGUGAGGAUGGAAGGAACAGGAAGCCCUGGAUGUGUGGAGGGAGGGGUGCAGGGACAUUAUUGCCCUAUCUGCGAUUGGGACUUAAUACUAUCCCACGAGAUUGGGAAGGGUGAGGUUAAUAGAGAGGGGAGAGGGAGGGAGACCAGGACAGUAUGAGUCAUGGUAGGGUCUCUGGACAGCUCCUCCAGCCACAGGGCAGAAAGAGGGAAAAAACCAGACACCAAGAGUUUGGAAGGAGGAAUUAAGUAUGAGACACACCCACAGUUUGUCAGGGUUUUAAAGCCUCAGCUUCAUGCUGAGAUGGAGUUGUUGGAGGAAGGGGCAUCCAGCCACAGUCCUAAUCCCACAGCCCCUCAUGGAAUAAGCAAGGAUUUUGCCCACAGACAUCUCACAUCCUGGUAGCCACUCGCACCUCCCCUUAGGAUACUGGUGGGAAUUUUCCUACCUUACCCUUCCCCCAGCGGUAUCAGGGCUGCCAAUGGGAUUUGAAUUCAGAUCCUGAAAGGAGAACACCAAGGAGGAGCUGGCAUUUCGGGCACUGUGGGAAUGAAGUGGCAUAAAUGCAGGCGCUUUACUUCCUUCAGCUGUCCUUUGGAUAUCAAGGUCCUUACAGGCUGGAGGGUUGGCUCUCGGAGCUCCUCUCCUCAAUCUGCUUGGAAGUCUGGGGACCCUGAACAAGAUGGGGGUUGGGGAGGGGAUGUUAACUACUCACUACCCUGCCAGGGUUGAGGAGGAGGGGGUGGAAGUGCUUCCCUAGACCCCCAGCUGCAUCCCCGCUCGGAGGUCCUAGACGCCGAAGGGUCGGCUGUCGGUCGAGGGCACCCCCAGGGCCACUCUGUUUGUUGCUGCCUAAACUCUUUCAAGUCGCAGCCCAGGCUCUGUGAGCUAAAUGCAACUAGCUGGGGGGGGGGGUAGAGAAAGGGGACAGGGCGUGUGUGUUUGUCUGUCUGUGUGUGUGUGUGUGUGUGUGUGUGCGCGCGCGCGCGCGCGAGCGCGGUGGGUGGAGGGGGGUGACAUCACAAGGCAGGCCCCUCCAACUCUUUCCCCUGUGUGUGUGGGGACCCAGGUUGCCUACUGCUCUAGUCCAGGACCAGAGACCCCCAACUAUAUAGCAGGUAAGAGUCUUGAGAGUCACCCCAAGAGUUUUGGAGAAGGGUCUCCGAAUACUUAGGAGAUGACAACCGGAAGCUCUCAAAGCCCCAAUAGGGGUCCCAGCGCCCCCCUAGCUCCAGCUUGGUUUCUUCCACUUCCCAGAGAAUUGGAGUAUUGUCUUCUGGAGAGCCGGGUGGUCGGGAUCGUGGACCCAGGGAAGGGGCUUUUGCUAGGCUGGGAGAGCCAGCGGGGGGUUCAUGGGUGGAAAAACUUUCGGAUCAAGACGGGGCCUGGAAGGGGCACUGACAGGAGAGGUAUAAGGCUAGAGCCGUGUGCAGAGGAGGGCACCGACGGAACGGGAGUCGGGGGCGCAUGUGGACGUCCACCAAAUAGCUUGUGGAAGUAGGCCCAGGUCGGCGGCGGCGGCGGGGACGGAAGGCGGAAGCAGAGCGUGAGCGGGAGGCGGAGCCGGGAGAGCGGCUCUCGUAGCUCACCCUGGCCCCAGGCCGGGCGGCUCGAGGGGGAGGAGUUACCGCCGUUCUUCGGUACGUCCGUUUUUUUUUGUUUUUAUUUUUUUUGUUUGUUUGCUUGCUUGUUUUUGAGAUGGAGUCUCGCUCUGUCGCCCAGGCUGGAGUACAGUGGAACGAUGUCGGCUCACUGCAACCUCCACCUUCCGGGUUCAAGCGAUUCUUCUGUCUCAGCCUCCCGGGUAGCUAGGACUACAGGUGCGCGCCACCACGCUUGGCUAAUUUUUGUAUUUUUAAUAGAGACGGAGUUUCACCAUAUUGGUCAGGCUGGUCUCCAACUCCUGACCUCGUGAUCCGCCCGCCUCGGCUUCCCAAAGUGCUGGGAGUAUAGGCGUGAGCCACCGUGCCCGGCCACCUUCGUCCCUUCUACACAGCCGGCAUCAGAACACACCAUGAUGGCUGUGACCUAAGACCCUCAGGAAGCCCUGGGGUCAUGGCCCAGAAGCACCCCGGAGAAAGAGGGUUGUGUGGAGCCCACCAUAGUGGUGGUGCCUCCCUCAGGACUUUAGGACCCUCCGUGGACCCUGAAAUACCUUCAUUCUCAGGACUCAGGGACUCAGCAGGGACUGCUCCUAAUGGUACCCGCUGCUUCACAGAGCACUCUGGUCCUAAGUACACACAGCACCCAAACCCAGCCCAUUGGUUGGACCCAAGCCAUGGCCCCCCAAGGGGUCCAGGACCACCUAGAGAUGCAGAGGACCCUGACCAGAGUGAGACAUCGUCAGAAGAAGAGUCAGGAGUGGACCAGGAACUCUCAAAAGAAGAUGAGGCGGGGUACCAGGAGGAUGGGAACCCUUCUUUUCUUUCCAUUCCAUCUGCUUGCAACUGCCAGGGAACACCUGGAAUUCCAGAAGGGCCUUACUCUGAGGGAGAAAAUGGCUCUUCUAGCAACUUUUGCCACCACUGUACCUCUCCAGCCUUGGGGGAAGAUGAAGAGUUGGAAGAGGAAUAUGAUGAUGAAGAAUCUCUUAAGUUCCCCAGUGAUUUUUCACGUGUGUCCAGCGGAAAGAAACCCGCAUCCCGGAGACAGCGGCACCGCUUUCCAACCAAGGAGGAUACUCGGGAGGGUGGACGAAGGGAUCCCAGGUCCCCUGGUCGACAUCGGCUGGGCCGGAAACGAAGUCAGGCAGAUAAGCGCAGAGGCCUGGGAUUGUGGGGAGCUGAGGAACUGUGUCAACUUGGACAGGCAGGCUUUUGGUGGCUGAUUGAACUGCUGGUAUUGGUGGGAGAGUACGUAGAAACUUGUGGCCAUCUCAUCUAUGCAUGCAGGCAGCUGAAAAGCAGUGAUUUGGACCUUUUUCGAGUUUGGAUGGGAGUCUGGACUGGGCGGCUGGGGGGCUGGGCCCAGGUCAUGUUUCAGUUUCUAAGCCAGGGAUUUUACUGUGGAGUAGGAUUGUUUACCCGUUUUCUUAAGCUGCUGGGUGCUUUGCUGCUCCUGGCUCUGGCCGUCUUUUUGGGCUUUCUACAGUUGGGAUGGCGGUUUCUGGUGGGACUAGGUGACCGGUUAGGCUGGAGGGAUAAGGCCACCUGGCUCUUCUCUUGGCUGGAUUCCCCAGCCUUGCAGCGUUGCUUGACUCUGCUGAGAGAUAGCAGGCCAUGGCAGCGGCUGGUAAGAAUAGUUCAGUGGGGCUGGCUGGAGUUGCCUUGGGUCAAGCAGAAUACUAAUAGGCAGGGGAAUGCACCUGUAGCUAGUGGGCGCUACUGCCAGCCUGAAGAGGAAGUGGCUCGACUCUUGACCAUGACUGGGGUUCCUGAGGAUGAGCUAAACCCUUUCCACGUACUGGGGGUUGAGGCCACAGCAUCAGAUGUUGAACUGAAGAAGGCCUAUAGACAGCUGGCAGUGAUGGUUCAUCCUGACAAAAAUCAUCAUCCCCGGGCUGAGGAGGCCUUCAAGGUUUUGCGAGCAGCUUGGGACAUUGUCAGCAAUGCUGAAAAGCGAAAGGAAUAUGAGAUGAAACGAAUGGCAGAGAAUGAGCUGAGCCGGUCAGUAAAUGAGUUUCUGUCCAAGCUGCAAGAUGACCUCAAGGAGGCAAUGAAUACUAUGAUGUGUAGCCGAUGCCAAGGAAAGCAUAGGAGGUUUGAAAUGGACCGGGAACCUAAGAGUGCCAGAUACUGUGCUGAGUGUAAUAGACUGCAUCCUGCUGAGGAAGGGGACUUUUGGGCAGAGUCAAGCAUGUUGGGCCUCAAGAUCACCUACUUUGCACUGAUGGAUGGAAAGGUGUAUGACAUCACAGAGUGGGCUGGAUGCCAGCGUGUAGGUAUCUCCCCAGAUACCCACAGAGUCCCCUAUCACAUCUCAUUUGGUUCUCGGAUUCCAGGCACCAGAGGGCGGCAGAGAGCCACCCCAGAUGCCCCUCCUGCUGAUCUUCAGGAUUUCUUAAGUCGGAUCUUUCAAGUACCCCCAGGGCAGAUGCCCAAUGGGAACUUCUUUGCAGCUCCUCAGCCUGCCCCUGGUGCCACUGCAGCUUCUAAGCCCAACAGCACAGUACCCAAGGGAGAAGCCAAACCGAAGCGGCGGAAGAAAGUGAGGAGGCCCUUCCAACGUUGACGCCCCUUCUUUCCUCAAAACAAUGUCAGGGAGUCAAAAGGGCUGUGUACAGCACAGGAUGGAGUUUGAUUUAUCCCUCCUCCCCCAACACCUAGGAACUGAAUCUUUUGUUUUUUUUUUUUGAGAGACGGAGUCUCGCUCUAUUGCCCAGCUGGAGUGCAGUGGUGUAAUCUCGGCUUACUGCAACCUCUGUCUCCUGGGUUCAAGCAAUUCUCCCAUCUCAGCCUCCUGAGUAGCUGGGAUUACAGGCACACACCACCACACCUGGCCCAACUAAUUCUUUUUUGUAUUUUUAGUAGAGACGGGGUUUCACCAUGUUGCCCAGGCUGGUCUCAAACUCCUGAGCUCAGGUGAUCCACCCGUCUUGGCCUUCCAAAGUGCUGGAUUACAGGCAUGAGCCACCGCGCCCGGCCUGAAUCUUGUCUUUUGACAAUACCAAAGAAAUAGGGGGUAGCUAGAGUAAAGAACCUAGGGCCUGGACCUGGGCUGGACAGUAUAUCCCUUUAGGUGUGGGAACUGGGUAUUUCCCUGGGGUCUGUAUGCCUUUGUCUUGUCAUUUGCUUUUAGGGCAGAUGACACUUUUUCCCACCCUUUUAAAGCCACAAGUCUGUCUUCUUUCUUGAACCAUUUCAGGAGGAGCCCUCUCCUUUACCCCGAUACAAUAUUUAAAAGACAGAACAAGAAAGCAUGUAGCCCUAAUGAUAGGAGAUUACUGCAUAGAGUUCAGAGAGUGGAAACUGAAUUUUCCCUCGACUUUCACUUUGUGGGUAAAUCACCCAAUUUUAGGCUCUUUUCUGCAAGGGUGGCCAAAAUUAAUCAUUUUUAAAAAGUAGAUUCAUGCCCACUGCCCUUGGGUGAGGGGGAAGGAUGCAGGGGUUCCCAGAAGCCCCCAUGUGAUUCAAGGGUUUGUAUUUUUUUUUUUUAAGUUUGUUCAUAUUUGUAUGUACAUACCUAUUUAAAGCCAGGGGAUUAUCUUUCUA